CAACCCAACCCAACCCCUAAAAAACCUAAAAACCGCUUCUUGUUUCCUUCCCCUCUCUCUCUGCUUUCCCUCCAAGAGCGAAGCAAAGCAAAGAAGUAACCAUGGCCGCUCCUCCUCCAAAUCCAAUCAACAAGCCAAGAAACCCUAAAAAACACAGUCUAAAAGACCUCAAAACCCUAGGUCACCAACUUCUCUCUUCAAGAACACACAUAAACAACCUCCCUCUCCUUCUCACUUACAUAUCCCCUAACUUUCCUCCUCAACAUGUCCUCGAAUCUCUCCUCUCUCUCCACUCCUUCUUCUCUCCUAUCCUCCCCGACCUCCCUUCCUCCUCCCGAAGCCCCACCCACAACAAAGACAACGACGAGCCGGAAGCUGACGUUAUCUAUAAAACCUGGCUUCGCUCUAAGUUCGAUGAGUUUGUUAAAUCUCUCGUUGAUGUUGCUGUAUCGACGAAAGCUGAAGAUGCUUUAAAGGAAGUUGUGUUGGAUACACUAAUGGAAUUCGUCAAGACUGGAAAUGGAGGGAGGUUCAAUUCGGCUAUUUAUCACAGAUUUCUUGUUAAUAUUGUGCAAUCUACAGAAUCUUUGGAUUUUGUGUUAGAGUUGCUGGGAUCAAAGUAUUUCAAGUACAUUGAUAUCCGUUAUUUUACUUACAUCAACAUUGAAAAAUUCGCUAAGAAUUUGGAGGUGAAAGAUAUUUCUGAUGGAAAAACUGAGAGUGGUGACAAAGUUGGUGAGAGUGAUUCAAGCCUGGAGCUUUCUAUUUACAAGAUUCAUUAUUUAAUAUCAAAUAUCCCUCCUCUAGAAGACCCAAAACAGAAUUCUGAUUAUGAGCUGUGGGGUGGAUCAGGAUUCUCUGUUAAAAAAGGUGAACUGAAAGGGCCUUCUCAACACCUGAAAACAGAAGACAAAGACCUUAAAUCUGAGAAGCAUGAUAAUGACGUUUUAUCUGCUGGUAAUUAUGCCAAAAAGAUGAAAUUAAAGUUUACCAAGGCUUGGAUUUCAUUUCUUAGGCUACCACUUCCAAUUGAUGUGUACAAGGAGGUUCUCUCCAAUCUCCAUCAAGCAGUCAUCCCUCACCUGUCUAAUCCAAUAAUGUUAUGUGACUUUUUGACAAGAUCAUAUGAUAUUGGAGGUGUUGUCAGUGUCAUGGCCCUUAGCAGUCUCUUCAUCCUCAUGACUAAGCAUGGUUUAGAAUAUCCCAACUUCUACGAAAAACUGUAUGUGCUCCUCUUACCUUCCAUCUUUAUGGCGAAACACAGGGCAAAAUUCUUUCAGCUUCUUGAUUCUUGUCUAAAGUCACCACUUCUCCCAGCAUAUCUGGCUGCUGCUUUUGCUAAGAAAUUGAGUAGACUGGCACUUGUAGUCCCUCCUUCUGGAGCAUUGGUUAUUAUAGCAUUGAUUCACAACCUCCUCAGGAGACAUCCUUCAAUCAACUGUUUGGUGCACCAGGAAGACAGUAAUGAUACUACAGACAACAAUUCCGAAGAAGAAGGGGGAGAUAAUGAAAAUGAAUUUGGAGCUAGCACAAAUAUUGCAGGCAGAAAAGCUGGCAUCGAUCAUUUUGAUAAUGAGGAAAGCAACCCCUUAAAGUCCCAUGCCUUGGGAAGCUCCCUUUGGGAAAUUGAUAGCCUUCGUCACCACUACUGCCCUCCUGUUUCAAGGUUUGUCCAGUCACUUGAGAAUGACUUGACAGUCAGAGCCAAAACCACUGAAGUUAAUGUUGAGGAUUUUAGUUCUGGCUCAUAUGCGACCAUAUUUGGAGAGGAGAUUAGACGAAGGGUGAAACAGGUCCCAGUGGCGUUCUACAAAGCAAUUCCAACCUCGUUGUUUUCGGAGUCUGAUUUUAGUGGAUGGAGCUUUAAAGAGGAGGAAAGCAAGGGAAAGAAACCUGAAAACGUUAUCUUAAACUCAUCGGGAGACAAGGACGGAUGUUGCACAAAACGACAACGGGUAGAGUGAAGCAGAGGUAGGGACAUGAGUGAGGAGAG